GUCACUCAGUAGACGACCAAACGACGGCGACGCGCGAAGAGAAUAUCAAUAAAUAGUUUUAAUUUAGUUUAAUUCCCCGUAAAUAAAUUAGUUCGCCCGGGGCUACCGUUAAGUUUAAAGAAACCAAGUCAAUUAAUCGAGCUUUGCGCCAACUAGUGAAAAAAUGUCGGGCAGUGAAACCAACAAAACACCGCUGCAGCAGCCAGAGCACCAGCAAUUCGCACUGCUGCCGAAGAUCAUCAACGGCGGAAUCGCGGGCAUCAUUGGCGUAACAUGUGUCUUCCCACUGGAUUUGGUCAAGACGAGGCUGCAGAACCAGCAGGUCGGACCCAAUGGCGAACGCAUGUACAACAGCAUGUUCGAUUGCUUCCGCAAGACGUACAAGGCUGAAGGAUACUUUGGCAUGUACCGGGGCUCUGGAGUGAACAUCCUGCUAAUCACCCCUGAGAAGGCCAUCAAAUUGACCGCCAAUGACUUCUUCCGCCACAAGCUGACCACCAAGGAUGGCAAACUUCCGCUGACCAGUCAGAUGGUUGCCGGUGGCUUGGCCGGUGCAUUCCAGAUAAUCGUCACUACACCCAUGGAGCUGCUCAAGAUCCAGAUGCAGGACGCGGGACGAGUGGCGGCGGCAGCUAAAUUGGCCGGCAAAACGGUGGAGAAGGUAUCGGCCACUCAGCUGGCCUCACAGUUGAUCCGGGAUAAGGGCAUCUUCGGACUGUACAAGGGUAUCGGAGCCACAGGACUGCGGGAUGUCACCUUCUCAGUCAUUUACUUCCCCCUCUUCGCUACGCUUAAUGAUCUGGGUCCCAGACGCAAUGAUGGUUCUGGAGAGGCCGUGUUCUGGUGCUCCUUCCUAGCCGGUUUGGCGGCAGGUUCCACCGCUGCACUCGCGGUUAAUCCAUUCGAUGUGGUCAAGACGCGUCUGCAGGCGAUUAAGAAGGCUGACGGAGAGAAGGAGUUCAAAGGCAUAUCUGAUUGCAUCACUAAGACGCUCAAGCACGAGGGACCCACCGCUUUCUUCAAGGGCGGUCUGUGCCGAAUGAUUGUGAUUGCUCCUCUGUUCGGAAUCGCUCAGACGGUUUACUUCCUGGGCGUAGCCGAGGGUCUGCUGGGCUUGCAGAAAAAGUAGGGGGAAAUGGGAUAAAUACUCGCCAAGGCGGAUUGACAAGACCGACGCAUUUUAAGUCUACUCUCUGAAUAUUGAAUGUAUGUAUAUCGUGUUUAAAUGUUGUUAAAGCUGUCCAUGAAUGUAAUCGUGAAGUCUCUAUAGUAAGCUAAAGUAAUCGAGCGUCGUGCUAGCCAGUCAAGUACCAAAUGCAGUUGUUAAAGUUUUCCCCAGUCCCAUUAAUCAAUAUAUACCAUGUAUUUAGGCCAUGGCAGAACACAACUGACGCUCCAAUGACAAUAAGAUAUAUCAAGAUCAACGUUAAUACUAUGACAUGUUUGGUUUUAUAUCAUAGUUUAUAACUGUUGUGUUUGGACACUCUCUAUUUAAACUUGUUUUCCGAGCAAUCCCCAGCUAGCCAUGAACAUUUGCCUCAAAUUGUAUUAGUAAUGCAUUUUCCUUUGCUGAAAGGCGAAAGUUUAACUUUUAGUAGCAUUCUAGAACAUGACUAGAGCAAUUGUAUGCUUUUUGAUAGGCGUCAAAAAUGAACAAACGAAAUAAAUACUAUAUUAUAUAAAUUCAA